AUGGUCUCCCCAGAGGUUGCCGUGGACAACUUCUUUUGUAGUAAAUGUGCAAGAUUCUAUACUUCAGAUGAAUUCGAAACGAAUAAGAAAGGGAAACGGAACAAAACAUGCAGGCGUCAUAGCCGGAAACGUUCUCUGGAGCUUCACGACUGGGAGAAUUUUGUUCAGAUACUUCGCAAUUGGAAAAUGCAGAACCAACCGCUGGUAUUAAGCGGGAGCUACGUGUUCGAUUUGGAUACUCUACCAGUUCAGUUCGGCUCCGUACGCAUGCCAGAGAUUGCACAAGAUAAUGAGCGCGAUGUCGACCGUAGCACAUAUCCUAGAUCUGAAAUGAAUGCCGCCAUGCGUGAUCUCACGGACUUUAUUUGGAAACAAGGGGGAUUCCGCUUCACCCAUACGGGAACGAAUUUUCAAAGCUGCACGUACCAAUAUCACUGCUCUCAGGAUCUGAUACAUGCUAGAGGCUAUCGAUCUAGAGUGGAAGUCGAGAAGCAGCGGGAUGGCCGCCGUAUGACGCGAUUUCCAUGCCAAAGCAAGCUCACAAUACGGCCAUGCCUACAAAACCGAACUAUAUCUGUUUCGAUCCAUCACAUGUGGCAUACUCCUUAUGAAGACAUCGAACUAUCGCCAGUCGUGCAAGAAAUGAUUAGUUCACUUGUAUCAACCAAGACUCCGUCCGAGAUAUACCGUGAGAUUCGACAAAUUCCUGAAGGGAAACCUGUGACUAGACAUCAAAUCUACUAUCAGUGGCAGAAGGCGAACGCAGAGAUCUGGCAGCGACACUCGGAUCCCUUCACCUCUGCUAAAAUGCUUCUUUCUGAAGACAAGCGCUAUCACGAUCACCAUGGAGUCUUUACGGCAGGAAACCUGAGGGCACUAGGUUUAUUUGCCUCCGAACCUAUCCAUAAACUGCGCAACUCCGGUCCUCAAUUAUUGAUUGACUCCAUGUUCGGAACCAACAGUGGUGGCAUGGACCUAUUUGCAGUGUUGGCGGAAGUUGAAGGUACUGGGGUCCCGCUUGCAUAUUGUCUAGUUGAGCUGCUAAAGCCUCCCCAGGCUGACCCAGUAGAGAAAAAACCUGUGCGUGCAGAUCUAGGGGCAAUGACAUUUAUUAUUCAGCAAUUUCUUGAAAGACUAAAAGCUUUUGGAUUCAAUCCGAGAUGCGUCGCAAUUGACAAAGAUCCGUCAGAGAUUGCAGCGGUCACUACGGUGUGGCCAGGGGUCAAAGUUCAACUUUGCUACUGGCAUGUGAAACGGGCAGUAAGCACGCGGCUCAAUUCAUCUAAAAGUACUAAUACGCAAGGUCACUAUCGGCCGGAAGAAGCUCAGAAGCUGAUUCCUGGUUUGGAGAUUUGUUGGGGCUCACUCCCGAUACGUCGGCCUGUAGGCCAUAGAUUUGGUGGUUGCGAAUGUCCCUCAAAGGGUGACAGAAUCAGCGAAAUGGGAAGACUGGAGCCAGCCACCAAAGAGGACUGUGAUACAGUGUUAGACAUUUUCUGCCGUCACUUUAAUCUCCAUCCCCUCAUUCCUGAUUCUAACGGCACUUACAAAUCCUCGGAUACUCUACACCGCGAAUGCGCGACAGAGAUGCAUACUUGGUGUAAGGCCCGUGGGUAUUACUGUCUUUGGGCUUAUCUGUACGUCAACUGGUACAGCCCAGAUCAGUGGAAGCUUUGGGCUCGAGCUGCGGACCCCGCUGAGAUACCAGUAGUGAAAACCACGAUGAUUGUAGAGUCACACUGGCGAACGUUGAAACACGACUAUCUUCAUCGAUUCAAUCGGCCCCGAGUUGACCUAGUGGUAUGGGUUUUAACGACUCGGGUUCUUCCCGAUGCUUUCCAUCGAAUGACAGCCAUAUCAAACGGCUAAUUCCGCAUAUUCAAAGCUCGAUGGCGCGAGGCAUUCAAGAAGCAAUGGAAGAAAGAGGCAUGCAAAGCAGUUCAACCAGAGAAGUUGACAGAAUACCACGCUAACCCAGUCAACUGGGUUUGUUCCUGUAAAUCCUUCCUGCAUAGCCGGUUCCUUAUCUGCAAACACAUUAUUCACUGCUUUGAGUCACCCAAACCCGAAUUUUUUGAAACGGUCAACCGCAAAACUGUCUAUCCAUUCUGGAACGAUCCUCAGUUGAUUCUGCGGCCAGAAUAUGUACCAAGAGCGGAUCCUGACCCAUCAAAAUCAAAUAAAGAUAACAAACAGCAUAAAGGCGAUGUCCAAGAGGUGAUGGUCGAUUCCUCGGAUACUGGUGGAGGAAAUCAAGCAUCGUCGUAAUAUGCGAAGCAUGCCACGGACUCGGGGUAAAUAUCGACAUCCAGCGACAAUGUAUCUAAAGUGAAUGGCAAACAAAGUGAUUAGUCGAUAAUGAGGCUUGGCUUUUUAGUCAUGUGAUCGCAGAUUUAGUCAAGGAGAUUACGCACACUUGCUGGGAACG